CACGUCAUCCAGUGAAGGAGAAUUUUUCUUGAAUAUGAGCCAGAAAAUAAAACAAGAAUAAAGAAAAAGAAAGUCACAUCGACCCAGUAAAUUACACUCCCGGAAUACGCGACUGUGAUUGGUCAACAAGGCAUCCCUUUAUUUCGAAACUCCGCUCGUGAUUGGCUAAAAGGGAAUCCCCCUUUAUCUCGAAUUCCGCUCGUGAUUGGCUGGGAAAAUUCCACUCCCGGAAUACUCGAUUGUGAUUGGCUAAUAAGGCAUCCCUUUAUCUCGAAACUCCGCUCGUGAUUGGCUGGGAGCUCUGAGAUGAUCAUCAUGAGGGAAGAAGAUCUCGAAAUCGCCAUCAAGUUGGUGAUCGUGGGCAACGGGGCUGUGGGCAAGUCCUCGAUGAUCCAGCGCUACUGCAAAGGGACCUUCACCAAGGAGUAUAAGAAGACCAUCGGCGUCGACUUCCUGGAGAGACAGAUCACGAUAAGCGGCGAGGAGGUGCGCCUCAUGCUCUGGGACACGGCCGGCCAGGAGGAGUUCGACGCCAUCACGAAGGCCUACUACAGGGGCGCCCAGGCCUGCGUCGUCGCCUUCUCCACCACCGACAGGGACUCCUUCAGCGCCGUCAGGAAGUGGAAGAAGAAGGUCGAGGACGAGUGUGGCAGCAUACCCAUGGUCCUCGUGCAGAACAAAAUAGAUUUAAUCGACCAGGACGAGGUGGAGACGCUGGCCCGCGAGCUGCGCAUGCGCCUCUACCGCACGUCCGUCAAGGAGGACCUCAACGUGGACCAGGUGUUCAACUUCCUGGUGGAGCGCUACCUGGCCCUCAUCGCGCAGCCCGAGGAUAUCUACGCCGCCAAGACCGUCGGGGAGAAUAUCUUCGGCAACCCUGCAAAGUUGAAGAAGGGAGACACCAUCACACUCAGCGGCAAGAAGAAGUCAAGCAAGAAACAGCUGAUCAAGAACGCAUGUAAAGUUCUAUAAAGAGCUUCUUAUUAGUAUAUACCCGGAGGUGGACGCACAGCUUGGAGAAUCCAGCGUCGAUUUACUUGUCCAUGGGUUCUCGAGUGAUCCUAGGAAAUGUACUGAAGAGGUAGUUUUAUGCUUUCGUGGUGCUGGGUGCUGUGGAGACGGAAAAAAGUAAUGGGGGGGGGGGGACUUGAUGCCACUUAAUGCCAGUACCUCUUUAUCGACGAUUAAGAGAUCUGUUCUUGAGCCUCGACUUGGAAACUGACUUGGAAAAUGUUCUCGCACAGGCUAGAAAUCCUGUUAUUUUCAGUAACCAGACUGGGGGUUAAGAAGAAACUACUGUGGACGUACGAUUAUACAUAUAUAUGGCAAAUCAACUGUAAUGGAUAGAUAGUACUCAUCAUAGUUGUACAUCAAAGAUUCCAUAAUGUACGAAAUCAUGGUAUCAUAUACACUGCAAUAUUUAGCAAAGUCACAGAAAUAGCACAAAACCCAUACAACGAAAGGAAACACAAUAUAAAACACACACACACACCAGGAGCGUCAUAACCAGCGCUUCUGAAUCUUGAGUUUCAGUGGAAAGCGUUUUAGCACGUCGUACGAAUAUAUCAUAAACACACUUUGUGCGUUAAUCACCAAUAAGGCAGAGAUUGCCUCGCGGACUACGGAGACAAAU